AAUCUGAUAGCUGGCGUGUUGGAGCAACACCAUUGCUUCAUCACAGAUAAUAAGGUAACGAGUGACACUCUUUUAAAGCUUCUACUUCCCAUCUGCCGCCCCUGAGAGAGCUCUGGGCCUUGGCCAUGCCUCUUUAUGCCUCCAGUGAGCACCUUUAGGCUGGAAACGCUUCUGUCUGCAGCGUUUUUUCUUCUUUUUUUUUAAACGCACCUGGAGUUUGAAGAGCCCGACUACAGAGAUGAAGCCACCGGUGGAGGUCAGCGUCUUUUUGCUCUCUCUGUUGGGUCCUGGAGUUUUAUUCACAAUGAAUCAUAUCCCUGCAUUUCAGGAACCUCUUCCUAUCCUGGGAAUGGGAAUGUUUGCCCUGGGAUCCGUUCUUCUUUUGCUCAUCCUCACAGUGCGACACAAAACAAAAGUGGACCCCUUGUUCUACGUAUUUGCAGAGUUUACUUUUGGCGGCAUGGUGGGUUUGACCAACGCUUUAGAGCAGGACAGGUUCAUCUCCGGCUUUAUGGACUUCUACCUAAAGAUGGGUGAGCCUCAUCUGAGCACCUCCUAUGCUGUGAUGAUGUCUUAUUGGGAGGUUGUUCACCUCAUCCUGCUGCUCACGGUCAUUCACCGCAUGUUUUCAGGGAAGUCCUACCGAAGCCUGGGUCUGUUGUGGGCUGGGUCCUCCAUUGCCAAUCAAAUUGUCCUUAUUCCAGGGGUGGUAAUUGGUAAGUAUGGGUCCAACAUGCGGCCGGCCUUUUGGAGGAAUGCCCCUUUCUUCUUGGCGUCUUUUUGGGCAGCAUCGCAGCUCUUUAGCAGACCCAGAGAGAUGCCAAUUGUCACAGCAGACAAGAUCGCUGCAGAGCAGAAGAAGGGUCUGCUGUCUCGACCUGCCGACCUGCUCCUGUCACUCCUCUUACUGGGAGCUGUGGCUUUCUUUGUGUUCAGAGGCUUCGUGGUGUUGGACUGUCCUCUGGACGCCUGCUUUACCUACAUCUACCAGUAUGAGCCGUACCUCAAAGACCCAGUGGGCUUCUCCAGGGUUAUGAUGCUGGUGUAUUUUUUCUACGCUGUGCCCCUGGUGAGCGUUCUUCUCUACGGCCUGAACACACCUGGAUGCAGCUGGAUGUUGGACUGGACCAUCUUCUUUGCUGGAGCUAUGGCUCAGACUCAGUGGUGUCAUAUCGGAGCAUCUCUGCACUCCCGUACUCCUUUCACGUACCGAACCCCGGCAGACAAAAGAUGGCCGGUUAUCGCCCUCAAUGUGCUGCUCGCCAUUGUGCCCGCUCUGCUGGCCCUCCGCUGCCGCACCAACCCGGCUUUUCUCAUGAAACCUGUUCCCAAGGGACAGAGCAACGACGACAAGAAGAAAAACUAGGACCAGACACCUGCCACUGAAUGUCGAAGAAUACUUCACGUGUUGAAAAGGCGAAUGCUUUCAGGGGAGUGCACCAAAUGAAAGAAAUGGUACUCUAUUUCUCCCCCUAAUCUUAAAACCCAGAGGAGAUUUAGAAACUUUGCUCUCUGGGUCAACUUUUUCAAAUCGGCCAUCUCACAGGGCGCUCCCUCUGUGGACUGUUGGACCCUGAUAAAGAGGUGCCGCUGAUGGAGGUGAGGGACUGCGAUCAGAUCAGCCUUCAGGUGACUCAUACAGAUACCUGGUCGCAAAAUUUAGAUUACGAAUCUUGACCUAGCAGUUUAUUUACACAUGUCUGUAUAUCCCAACUAAAAUUCUAUUUAUUUCUGCUUUUUUUUCUUUCUUUCUUUUUUUUUUUUCUGUUUUACUGUUGUGAAAAUGUACAGAUUUGACCCUUUUUAAAAACAAGUGUGUGAGACAUCUAUUGGUAUUCCAUCAAACACAAGGGUGUGUCCUCAUUUUCUUGUCUAAAUAGUCCAAAAAUGAUCUCAUUGCAGGUCAAAGUUCACAUUUUCGGCCUUUUGCUUGGUAAGUUAAACAGUUCAAUAACCAGAUUUGCUACUUUAUGCUGUACCGGUCGGUGCAUCUCUGUGUUUCAUGUUGUGGUUUAUUUUGUACAAUAAAGAAAAAAAUAACA